AUGACCAAAGAAUUUGAAGAUAUUAAGCAAUUGGCUUCUCAACUCCACGAGAGAAUUGAGGCUCUUGAGAAGAAGUUUUCUCAAGAGAAGCCCACUAGUGCUCCUAUUCCCAAUGCCUUGAGAAUGGUUCUUAUUGGACCCCCAGGUGCUGGUAAGGGUACUCAAGCCCCCAACUUGAAGGAGAAGUACUGUGCCUGUCACCUUGCUACUGGAGACAUGUUGAGAGCUCAAGUUGCCCAAAAGACCGAGCUCGGUGUUGCUGCCAAGAAGAUCAUGGAUCAAGGAGGACUUGUUUCUGAUGAGAUCAUGGUUGGCAUGAUCAAGAACGAGCUUGAGAACAAUGCCGAGUGCAAGUCUGGAUUCAUUCUUGACGGAUUCCCCCGUACCAUUCCACAAGCCGAGAAGCUUGAUGAGAUGCUCAAGGAACGUGAGACUCCUCUUAAGAACGCCAUUGAGCUCAAGAUUGACGACGAAUUACUCAUUAGCCGUAUCACCGGCCGUCUUGUGCACCCUGCCAGUGGCCGUUCGUACCACAAAAUUUUCAACCCUCCCAAGAAGGAGAUGACUGACGACCUCACUGGCGAGCCCCUGAUCCAAAGAUCCGACGAUAACGAGGCUGCUCUCAAGAAGCGUCUCGUGACCUACCACGCACAAACCGCUCCCGUCGUCGACUACUACAAGAAGACCGGCAUCUGGCAAGGCAUCGACGCCUCGGAGCCACCACAAAAGGUCUGGAAGUCCAUCCUCCAAUGCUUCGGCGAAAAAUAA